CGCCAGUUGACGUCAGUCAGCGCGAUGACAGUGACAGAUAAAAAACAAUGACCGGUGUUGCCAGACCCAAAAUAAUAUUGUUCAAAAGUGGAAAAUAUGUUUGGUGCUUGUUGUGUGCACAGUGAUUUUGUGUGUUGAGAUGCCAGGUCAGGGGCAAAACUGACGAAUUUCCACAAUGUUCCACAAGGCGGACAACCCCAAAGGCAGUUUCCUCGAGCAGACCAAGGCUGCCCGAGAGGAGCGGGCCUUUGAGAAGCGGAAAGAAAGGGCAGCGACUCUGAUCCAAGCCAGUGUCAGGGGGUGGCUCACCCGAGUCAAGUUCUCCCGCGAUAUUUUACAGGAGUUUGAUGACACGGUGCCCGAGGUUGUGGAAGACGGGGCCAAGCCGAGCCUCAAGCCGGCGGUGCAAAUUUACAACCAGUCCUGUCGGUUGUUGCUGAUCUGGCGCAAGGAGCGGGACAAAGACAGGUUUGAGAAGCUGUGUCGAUAUUUAGUCGCUACGCUCGAGUGCGAAUCCCCCAAGUUCAGCUACGUGGGGGUGGCACUGAGCAAGGAGCAUGUGAUAAGAUGGAUCUCUCAUAUGAAUGAUAUUUUAUGGAAGUGCUGUGAAUACUUAAAUGACUUGAAACCCGAGUUUGCUGGUGAUAUGAAAUCAAUUGUUUUGUAUUUGCACGUGUUAGUUUCGUUCACUAGCACAAGUAACUGGAUUGUGUUGAAACACAAGAAUAUGGAAGUCUUGAAGUCUGGGAUGAACCAGUUGUGCGCCAAUUUGAUGGGCCAGUUGUUCCACAAGGGAUUCUAUCUAAUACUGAAGAGUCUCUUGUUGAGGGGUUUAGGGAGAAUUAAAAUUGCCUUCAAACAUGCUACUUUAUCGGCAAUUUUGACUCUGGCCUUAAGACCGUUAAUAGCUGCCAACUUUUCUGAUAAGCUGAUGACGAUGUUUCUUAUUCACAUUUUAUCAGUUCCUGCGCUGAUUCAGCAUUUGGAUAACUUAACACCUGAGUGCAUAUCUACGAUAAAUAACCACAAAUUGUUUUCAAAAAGCCUCGAACUGUUAUCAAGCCAGCAGUCAAUGCGAAUCGUCUUCAACACCCUCGAAGGCAGCUACGCCCUUUGCCUCCUUGCAAACCUCCUCCAGUUGGCUUACAUGGAACGAGACGCUGCCUUAAAAGACUUAAGUUUCCCAACUUUCACAGUUGUUGUUACGGGUUUACUCGAAAGUUGCCAAAAUUACGUAGUCAAUAAACAAUCCAACCUCACCCACUGGCACCCAGUGCUGGGUUGGUUCGCCCAGCCCAUGGACCCAGCAUUAAACGCGGCCAUGCCGCACGUAAAAAUCCAACUCAAUCUCUUAUGGAACUCACCGAUUGUUCAAAUUCUAUUGGGCAAUCUUUUACAACAACUUGUCCUAAAUGUGGACUCGCCCCAGCCAAGCUCGAGUCCACAAAACAUGAAUUUCACUGGAUCGAAUUUUUUUAAGAAGGUUUUGGAAUCUAGAGGCAACAAAACCAACACUCAGAAAAAUUAUCGCGCGCUGGGAAGUCCCGAAGUUCAUCGAGUCGUGUUAGUGUGUUCGCUGUAUCAUACGGCUUUGAAUACUUUGACUCAACUACAGUUGGAUAUUUUAACAGGUUUGUGUUAUCAGAAUUCAAUUUUGUACGAUUUGUGGCUGUUCUUGUGCUCACUUGGACCAAAUUGUGGGCUUAAAACGUUCCUAGAUCAUCUUGCAAUUAACACAAAGUGCACAGCUCCCGAGUUUCAAAUGUUGCAAUUAUUUUGUGAUUGCAUGACUCAUUAUGUAACGAUUCUUGAUGAUGUGGAAAUGUACGAGCAACAAAACCCGUUUAAAUUAACCGACUUUAUUGUUUUAUCUUCGUUUUUAAACACGUUUCUGUACAAAGCCGUCUUAGGGAAUUUAUUUGAUUUAAAGACAAUUCAGACCAACACGCUGUUCCAGUCCUUACACACUUUAUUAAUGUUGUUGUAUCGGCGAGACUGUCGCAGAACGUACACUCCUCAAGGCCACUGGUUACUUAAAGAUGUAAAAAUAUCGACAUUUAUGGCCGAUCUAGAAAAGGGCCGAAAGGCCCCUCAAUUGCUCCUCCAAACAAUGCCACAUAUCAUACCACACGAGGAUAGAGUGCGACUAUUUCGAAAAUACAUAACAAACGAAAAAACCGUUUUGGGUUUAACCGAGUCGGCUUGUGCCUCUCCCCAGUCGACUCUGAUCACAGUUCACAGGUCUCGAAUUGUUGAAGACGGCUAUCGCCAACUGGCCCUCCUCCCGCCCCAAGCCCUUAAAGGCGUAAUAAGGGUUCGUUUUAUCAACGAGCAAGGUCUAGACGAGGCCGGGAUUGAUCAAGACGGCGUUUUUAAAGAGUUCCUUGAAGAGAGCAUCAAACGUAUUUUUGACCCCUCUCUAAAUUUGUUUAAAGUAACAAGUGAGGAACGUUUGUACCCUUCGCCCACUUCAUAUUUGCAAGACAACCACUUGCAAUUAUUUGAAUUUGUGGGCCGGAUGCUGGGCAAAGCCGUCUAUGAAGGAAUUGUAGUCGAUGUGCCUUUCGCUUCGUUUUUUCUAAGCCAGGUUUCAGGACAAACAGCUCAAGCUUUGUACAGUUGCGUCGAUGAAUUGCCGUCUUUGGACCCGGAGUUGUACAGAAGUUUAAGUUAUGUGAAACAUUACGAUGGAGAUGUUUCCGAUUUAGACUUAACGUUUAGUUUAGACGAGGAAUGCAUGGGGAAGUUGGUCACGCAUGAGUUGGUGGCGGGGGGCAAAGCCGUCCCCGUGACAAAUGAGAACAAGAUCAAUUACAUCCACUUGAUGGCCCACUUCCGAAUGCACGUGCAAAUCAAGGACCAAACCAGCGCUUUCAUUCGCGGCUUCCGCUCGAUUAUCAACCCCGACUGGUUGUCGCUCUUUUCAACACCUGAAUUGCAACGCCUUAUCUCGGGUGAUAAUGUCCCCUUAGACAUGAAAGAUUUGCGCAAACACACUCAGUAUUACGGCGGUUUUCACGACUCGCACCGCGUGGUGGGUUGGCUGUGGGAUAUUUUAGAAAAGGAUUUCACCGAGGAGGAGAAAGGAAUGUUCCUAAAGUUUGUGACAAGUUGUUCCAAACCGCCGCUUCUAGGCUUCGCUCAUUUGGAGCCGCCCUUUUCGAUUAGGUGUGUCGAAGUUGGCGAUGAUGAAGACACGGGAGACACGAUCGGAAGCGUCUUUCGGGGGUUUUUCACGAUACGGAAAAAGGACCCACAGAAUCGCUUACCGACGUCUUCCACUUGUUUCAAUCUUUUGAAGCUGCCCAACUACCAAAAGAAAAGCACUUUGAGGGAGAAGCUGCGGUACGCUGUCACUUGCAACACUGGGUUUGAGUUGUCGUAAUUGUUAGUGGAAAUGGAAUUUCGACAUAUGUGACACCCAUAUCAACCUUUUGUGUUUUAAUAUUACGAUGAUCCGUGUUUUUUUUCUCCAAGCCAAAUAUUUUAUCAGAUUAAUUUAUUUUAACCCAAUUUGUUGACUAUAAUCACUUCCAUGUUGUGAUGUCUUUGUUGUAUUUACUUAUGUAAUAAAAUAUAUUUUAA